GGGAGCAGAGUGUCCGAAAUGAGCCACCGCUGCGACAUCCAGUUGGACAAUCCCAGGGGAGCCUACAGGGCCGGAGAGACGGUCAACGGCCAUGUCUACUUGACCCUUUCGGAGCGGGCCUUAAUCAAAGCAAUAAGCUUGGAGGCCAAUGGAUAUGCAAGUACCGCUUGGCAGCAGCCGCAAAAACAGAAAAAACCCAAGAAGAAUGAGCCGCAAGGGCAGAGUCAGAACUUGGACUUUGAUUAUCGCGUGGAUUAUUUAGCUAAAAUCGAUUACUUUGUUGGCUCGGAGGCCUCGCAGCCGCAGAUAAUGGAGGCGGGCACCUACAACUACGGAUUCCACGUGAAGCUGCCCAAGAAUUGUCCAGGGAACUUUGAAGGAGCACAUGGACACAUUCGCUACACCCUCCAAGUGCUCAUCCACAGCAGUGCAGAUCGUCCGUUGGAGGUGCUCCACAUUCGCCAGUUGCAGGUGUUCCCUCAAAACAGUCUCAGCCAGGAAACAAGGAGCUGUGGAGCGGAGAUCCACGAGCAGACUCCCCGGCUGAAGUUCUGGGUGAAGCCACUCCACCUGCAGAUCCAGAUUCCCAGGCAGGGAUACUCCCCAGGAGCGGGCAUCUCCGUUCACGUUAAGCUACACAAUCCGGAGAAGUUGCCGCUUAGAGAGGUGGUUUAUUCCCUCGUUCAGAUCAGCACCUAUGUGGCGCAACUGAGGAACAAGCCCAAGCGCAAGGAGACCAAGGUGGAGCGCCAAACCAUCGUAAGCAGCAGCCACGAGCUUCACAGUUUGCCUCGUGGGGAACUGGAGAACUUCCAGCACCUCCACAUGCUGCAAGUUCCCCAAACCUCGGCCACUUUGAGUUUGGCAGGAUGCGCCUGUCUGCAGUUGGAUUAUGAAGUAGAGGUUUUGGUGAGGACCCAGCAAGAGAAGCGCUUCAUCGCCUGCAGGAUCCCGGUGAUCAUUGGCAACGUGACGCCUCCUUGUCCGGGAAAACUACUGAUGCAAACUACGCUGGAUGCCAGUGCUCCGGAACCAACGCCUCCUGCAGAAACGGCACUUAACAUGACCCCAAAUUUCAGUUCCUCAAUGAACUCUCUUGCUUCGAACUUUCGCGAAGCCGAAUUCAUGGUGGCUACCAAUCUGAACAAGACCAACAAACAUUACUUAUCCGGUGAGCAGUUGGACUUCAGGCCACGCUACGUCUACUACGAAAUGGACCAAGCUCAAUCGCAGGAAGUCAAGUCCCAUUGAUUUUUUUUCAAAAGCCUUCUAAUUUAUUUUAUUAGUUAAAAGUAAACGUACAAAUAUUAAAUAUUUAUUUCAUCACCCAAAUCAGUAGUUUUAUGAAAUAAACUAAUACGUUUUUUGCAAAAAUAACAAAGAA